AUCGUUUUAGGGGCUGUUGCUGAGACAAGCCACGUUUUCAAGCAACUCACAUCCCGCGCGUGUGUGUGAGUGAGAGAGAGAGAGUGUGUGUGAAGAAGAGAUAGCACAACUACACCUGGAUUAUCACUCAUUGAACAAACUAGCAACAUUUCUGGACAGAUAUUCAUUCCGUAUUCUUGGAGAAGUCGUAGAGGAACAUUCUUAUGUUUUGUUUUUUGGGUUUUCGUUUAGUUGUUGUUUUUACCUCAGGUUACUAAGUCAAACAUUUAAGAAAAUACCUGCAUUUUGAGACAAGUAAGGACAAUUCGGCGAAAGCAUACCAUGGGUUGCCUGCUUCAGGUCUUAUAAUCAGGUCUUCAAAUCCACCAGACGUUGAGAGACUCGCCGUGCCCUUGUGGGGACCCUGACUACGUGCCUUGAGAGAAGCUAAAGAUUGACCGGCCAUGUCUUUCUGGGUGAUCUUACCCAUCAGUUUGCCUGUCUUCACCAUCACAGGAAUUUGGGUGGUAUACGCCAUGGCUCUGUACAACCAGCAUGUCUGCCCAGUAAGCAACUGGUUUUAUAACCAGUCCUGUGAGCAGCCCCUGCACUUACAGACUGAUGCAGUACUCUGCUGUACGCUGGACAACGUACCGCUCAUCAGUAAAUGUGGAGCUCUUCCACCAGAGAGUUGUUUGUUCAGUCUGAUCUGCAGCACUGGCUCGUUCAUGGUGAUGCUGAUAAGUCUGCUGCGGUAUGCCCACGUGAUCGAUAAGCACCAGAACUGCAUACUCAACACAGCUGGCCUCUCCACUGGCUGGAUGUGUGCCGCAGGCCUCAUCAUGGUGGGCAACUUCCAGGUGGACUAUGCUAAGAUCCUGCACUAUGUGGGUGCGGGCGUGGCGUUCCCCACCAGCAUGCUGUUUGUGGGCGUCCAGACGGCGCUGAGCUACCGGCUGGCCAAGGCCCAGGCAGACUACCACGUCGCCCACAUGAGACUCGCCCUGUCACUGCUGGCCUUCGUCUCUCUAGUGCUCAGUGGUGUAUUCUUCGUCCAGGAGAGCUUCGUGCUCCAGCAUGCUUCCGCCAUCUUUGAGUGGAUCUUCGCCAUCAUCGUCAUGAUCUUCUACGGCUCCUUCGCCUUCGAGUUUGACAGCGUCUCCAGCGACACCAUCAUGGUUCUCGUGCAGGGUGGCUCCAGCAGAGGAGAUUCUACCCUGUCGGUGAUCGAGAACAAAGCGUCCAUGAUGAACGGAGGAUCUAUGCACCUUCAGCUGUCUCCCGAGAGCAUGGCCAUGCUGUAGAACACCCAACCAUUGUGAGGUCACAAGGGCCUCGGCCAGUCACACGACAGCAACGAAAGAAGGAUAGAACACUUCAGAGCCAAUCGCGUGGUAACUGACAUUCAGGGUGUCCAGAGAAUCUCUGACUCAUCUAGACUGUAGGGGAGGUGUUGGGGAUUCCGUUCCUGGGCACCAUGGCUCAUCCGCUGGACACAUGGUCAAGACAUAUUUGCUUCACAGGAGUCUCUUGCAUGCCAGAAAAUGGCUCACUCACGAGGGCAUUGGACUCACAGAACAGUAUGUUGAGAUGCCAUACUGUUGCAUUGUGUUCUCCCCAGUAAGGGCUCCAUAGAAGUGCUGAGCUAAUAACCCCAGUGGACCAUAUAUGCGUGUGAUAGCCCAUAUACGCACAAAAUAUAUAUAUGACCUUUACAUGACCUUAUACAAAGGAAAUGCAAACACAGAAGUGCCUUAGGAGAUCAAACUUGAAAGGGAAAGGAUCAAAGUGCCACACUACAAUUGCCUAUUGCUUUAACAACCAAAAUGUUCUCAAACACCGUUUUAUUAUACCGCUUAAUUCUUUAUCGUUGUUAUCCUGUGAUUUUCUGGAUAUACUGUAUGCAUCUGUCAGUGCAUUGUUGUCUGUUCAUGACAGAUUUUGAUUAUAUAAUUUAUUGAAUUGCUGGAUUAUGCAUAUUAUAUACAAGAGGGAUGUAGGACUCAACCAUAAUAAUACCCCAAGAAUGUUAUAAGGAAGUGGUUGAGUUGUUUUUGUUUUUGUUAUUUUUAUUUCAUAAAGAUUAUUUUAUCCAAAAGAGUUCUGACAUAUCUGCCAGCUGCUGCACAGCUGGUCUAGACAUCAUAAAGGUCAGUACAAAAAUGUAGGCCUAUAAUAUGUGGACCUUCAGGUAUUUCAGAUGUUUUUGAGCAUCACGUUUUAGUGUUAUCUCAUACCAGAACAUUCCAUGGUCGUGUCCAAUCUGAGUCAGUCAGAUUGACUAAAUUGUUCCUAUGCCGAGGAGCCGUUGUUGCUCAAUCCCACUAAAAUA